GAUCUACCAAAUUUCAUAUUUUCCAUUCGAUCUUCCCCGACACGCCAACGCGGGCACUUUCCUCUCGAUUUUUCUCAAAUACAGAGCUUCUUCUUCUUCAAAGCCGCAAUUUUAUAACAUACACAGUGGUUUUGAGCGUUGUGGUGGUGAGGGUUUUGAAUGAUGUGGGGCACCAUAGCCAAUCUGAAGGAGAACCUGAAUAAGAUUGCACACGAUGUGCACGACGAAGAAGAUGAUGACGAAGAGUUCGAGAUCUAUGGGUCCAUUAAUGGCCGUGAAGCUUCCCCGGUUUCUGAUCGCAGGAAUUCCCACAGCUUCGCGCAUUCCAAGUCGGCCAUGCGCUCGCCGCUUGCAAAUGGGAUCGAUUCGCCUCGCAAUCCUGAGAUUGAACAAUACAAAGCAGAAAUUAAGAGGCUUCAGGAAUCAGAGGCAGAAAUUAAAACACUAUCAAAAAAUUAUGCAGCUUUACUCAAGGAAAAAGAGGACCACAUUUCCAGAUUGAACAAAGAAAAUGGCUCUUUAAGACAAACUUUGGACGCAACUACUGCAUCUCUGAAUGCAUCUGGAAGUGACAGUUCUAAAACAUCAACAAAUGGCACCAAUGCACUGAAGGGUGAUGAUCGGUCAUCAAAUCGACAGCAUAAAUUUACAACUCAAGCAAAAAAUCGAUAUCCUGGAAACCAAAUCCAUAAUGGUGGUGUCUCUAAAGUGGAUGGAAUGGGCAAUGGAAUUUCACAUACUGCUCAACAUCAAAAUAUGCAGGGGAAAGAAAGGGAGUUUGCAGAUUUUAUAGAAGAGAAUAAUAGGUCUCAGGCAGCUGAGAUGAAACAAUUGCGAAUGGAGCUUGGAAAAGAACGUGAACAGCUGGAAAAUAUAGAGAUGAAAUUGCAAGAGGAAAGGAAUUUGAAUGAGUCUUUCCAGGGGGAGCUCAAAUCCUUAAAAAUGGAGAGAGACAAAGCCUUUAGUGAGACAAGCAAACUACAAAAUGAUUUGAAUGAGAAAAUAUCUGAAAUAAGAAGAUUGCAAACGGAGUUGAAUAGACGUGAGGAUGAAGGUGCAGAUGACAUAGAAAAUUUGAAGAGCUCAAUUACAACUCUAGAAAAGGAAAAUGCUAGUCUAAAAACUGAGAAUAAUGAACUUGUGGCUGCUUUGGAAGCGUGCAGGAUCUCAACUGACAAUAAAACUUUGAAUGAGAAGAUAUCAGAAAGUUUUCCUGGAAAGGAAGAAAUGGAGCUAUCUUUGCAAAAAUUGAAUAAUGAGAUAAAGGAAAUUUGCUCUGAAAGGGAUAAAGCUUUACAAGAAUUGGCCCGUCUCAAGCAGCAUUUGUUAGAAAAGGAAUCUGAAGAGUCAGAAAAAAUGGAUGAAGACUGCAAACUUAUUGAAGAACUACGUGAAAAUAAUGAAUACCAAAGGGCUCAAAUAUUACAUCUGGAGAAAGCUCUGAAGCAAGCAGUUGCUAGUCAGGAGGAAGUUAAGAUAAACAAUAACAGUGAAAUUCAGAAAUCAAAGGAACUUAUCGAUGACCUGAAUAGGAAACUUGCAAACUGCAUGCGGACAAUAGAUGCCAAGAAUGUUGAACUUCUAAAUCUUCAAACUGCUCUUGGUCAGUAUUAUGCUGAAAUUGAAGCUAAGGAACAUUUGGAAGGUGACUUGGCUCGGGCAAGAGAAGAAUUGGCCAGACUUUCUGAGCUGCUAAAAAAUGCAGAUCAUCAGGCAGAGGUAUCGAAGAGGGAAAAGGAGGAAAUUUUGUCCCACCUCUCACAAUCUGAAAGGAUUCUAGCAGAUUGGAAAAACAGAGUAAAUAAGCUCGAGGAAGACAAUGCAAAGCUACGCCGAGCUGUUGAGCAGAGUAUGACCAGGCUUAAUAGGAUGUCAAUUGAUUCAGAUUAUCUUGUUGACAGACGCAUUGUGAUCAAAUUACUGGUAACCUACUUCCAGAGAAAUCACAGUAAAGAGGUUCUGGAUCUUAUGGUUCGUAUGCUGGGAUUCUCUGAUGAGGAUAAGCAGAGAAUUGGUCUUGCUCAACAGGGUGCAGGCAAAGGUGUUGUUCGGGGAGUAUUAGGUUUACCUGGCCGCCUGGUUGGUGGCAUUUUAGGAGGAAGUCCGGCUGAAGGGGCUGCAAACAUGGCAUCUGACAAUCAGUCCUUUGCAGAUCUGUGGGUUGAUUUUCUUCUCAAGGAAAAUGAAGAGAGAGAGAGGAGAGAAUCCAUGGAUGAUCCCGGCAGAAGCAAGGAAGAGUCAUUCAAAAGCCCCAAAAGUGCGAGUGCUGGUUCACACGUGCAAGACCAUAGAGCAAGUGCAAUGGAUACUCACCCUGCUCCUGGUUUCUCGAGAACAAAUUUGUCCACAAGCCACAACUCAGGUCACUUUCCCUUCCACAGUAAUUUUCGGCAGUCUGAACAUUCAGAUUCCGAGUUCUCAACUGUACCUCUGACGUCAUCAGAAAGCAAUUUUAAUAGCUCAAGACGGCUUCCAAAGUAAUGAAAAUAUUUUUCAUGAUGUAUUUAAUCAAAGGUAUAGAAGAAUAUGAUUUGUUGAUGUUGUAGCCAUGCGAUCUUUUGUUGAUUCAAUUCUUUCAUACCGAUCCGGUUUAUUGCAUAGCAGCUUUCCCAUGUUGUUUGGGAUAGCCUAGUGCUUUCGCGUUCAACUUCAGGACUGAGAACUCGCGUGCAAUGUAUUUACCAAAAAGCUAGCUCGUGCAAUGUGAAUUUUAAUUAUACAAAAAUAAUGAAAGCAUCAAAUAUUCACGAC